AAAUCAAUUUCCCACCACAAUUCCAUUCUCCAAUUCCCAAAACCUCAAAUUCCAAAUCCUCUCCUUAUGAUACUAAAACAAUCAACAGUUAAUAGGCGCUGGCCGCAGAAACAAUGCUCCUUCAAGCCCUUACAUCGAUCAUCUCCUUCCCCAAUUUUCACCAGCAUUAUCACCGCCGAAAAACAGUUCUCUUCUGCCGUGUAGCUUUAAACGGUUCAAGAUCGAAUGGAGUAAUGAGCACGCGUACUUGGUGGAAGAGGAAGAAUCGAAGAAUGACGAUUUCAGCUUCCAAUGUUGAGACUUCCAGUCUCAAUGUGGAGAAGAAAAGAAAAGUUGUGGAACACAUAUGUUUGCUCAAAGCAAAGCAAAAUUUGUCUGAAGAGGAGGAGAAUGACAUGCUAGAUUAUUUGUAUACUUCCCAAUAUCAAAUGCAUGGAAUUGUAGCAAUAUCUUUGGAUGCCCUAUUUUCUGUAGGACGCAUCUCCAAUGACACUGUAGAAAAUUAUACACAUGCUGUUUUCAUGCGUUUCCAAAGAAAGGAAGAUGUUGCGAAGUUUUAUGAGAACCCUUUCUAUUUGAAAGUUCUCAAGGAGCGUGUGAUCCCUCACUGCCAUGGAAUAAUUAAUGUGGAUUAUGAAUCUGAAGUAGAAGAUGAUAUUCUUCCUAUAUUUCGUAAAGGAGAGGAGUUCAACUAUGGUGUAGAGUUUGUACAUCUUAUAGCAUUUGAUGAGAGUGCAUCUGGUGCACCUGUUGAAGAUGCAUUGGUAUCUCUUGAAAAGUUGAUGAAAGAAUUUCCAUCCUUAGUUGUUCAGUCUACUCAAGGUUCCAAUUUUAAUGUCAGUAGUCAGGAAUAUACGCAUGCAGUGGUGACAAGAUUUCGAUCAUCAGAGGCAUUUGAGAUGUUUGUGGGCAGCGCAGAGUACAAAGAUUUGCACAUGUGUUUUAAUGAAGAGAUUAACUGUAAAUAGUUUAUCAUCUGAAAAAGCAGAUAUGGAGGUCAAAAUUCGAGCUGAUAAUCAAGAAAGCACUUCCCAUUCAUUUCUGUGUUGAUCCAGUAGGCGAGGAGAUUAUGUAGUGAUGGGCCAUUUCUUUUAUGGUUUAUGUUCCUACUCAUAGAAGCUAAGGCAUAAAUGAAAGGACACAAACAUGCUAUACAUUGACAUGGAAUUCUUGCAGAAGUUUAAAAUCUCGAUCCUGUUAGUUUUGAUUUCUGGGAAAAAGGACACAGGUGAGCUUUCUUUGCACUUUGGUUCCUGCUUAACGGGUGGUGCAUCUUUAUUUUGACUUUUGAAUUUCGUCAUAUAUUCAUUCAGAAGUAUAUUGGUUCACUCUGUAUUUCUCUUCUAUUUCCUUUUCUACAAGUGAAAUAAAAAUUCCCAUUUCUUCUUUUA